ACUGCUCUCUGUGUGUUAUAAUCUAAAUGUAUCUGACUAUCCUGUAGGUAAUCAGGGAUGGAAAUGUCCCUUAUGCUGUAUGAGAAGAUCCAGCUGAGAGAGCUGUUAACUCGGUGCUUUGUGCUGAACUGUUUGACUGGAGCUGUGUGUUGGAUAUUCAGUGUGUUUAUUGGAAGCAUUUCCCUUCUGAUUUCCAGCCUGAGUUUUGUUGACGGAUCAUUCCUGAAUAUGAGAAGAAGGAUUACAUCUACUCCUCCAGAGAAUACAGAGAGGAUAGACACCACAGAUAGAUCCUGAUCAUCAUUCAUGGAAAUGCUGCAAGACAUUCAAUCAUCCAGUUCCUUCACAGUAUUACUUAACACCAAGAAGGUUCGGCAGGGAAACCAUCAUCUGGAAAUCGGUUGGAUUAGGGGAGGUUUGACAUAUGAUCAGAUCUGAAACUGGUCAGUCGUGUGGAACCUUACUUCAGAAUCAACCUUUCUGAAGGUUUGGCUGUGGGUGAUUGGUCAGGGUGAGGUUGGGAAAAAGUGAGUGGCUCCAAGUGUGAUGAAAGCUUCAAUCAUUCAUCAAGUCUCAUGAACCAUUGACUCAUUCCUCGAAGUGAGAGGCUGUUCAAGGUGCUGUACGACUGUUAAUACAAGGAUAGCUUCAUGGAAGAGAAUUCCUUUCAGUGUGAAGUUUGCAACCGAACCUUUGCACAGCCAUCAACACUUGUGAAUCACCGACGCAUUCAUACAGGAGAGAAGCCAUUCAAAUGUGAGUUGUGCAACCAAGCCUUUGCACAGUCAUCGACACUUGUGAAUCACCGACGUAUUCACACGGGAGAGAAGCCAUUCAAGUGUGAGGCGUGCAACCAGACGUUUGCAAAGUCGUCCACACUUGUGAAUCACCGACGCGUCCACACUGGGGAGAGGCCAUUUGCAUGCGAUUUUUGUAAUAAAACAUUCUCGCAGCCAUCAAACCUCCGUGUACACCAACAUAUUCAUACAAAAGAGAAACCAUUUACAUGCAAUGUAUGUGAGAAAUCAUUUUCAAUGUUAGCAAAUCUCCAUGUGCACCAACGCAUUCAUACUGGAGAGAAGCCAUUCACAUGUAAGGUGUGCAUCAAAUCAUUCUUGAAUUCAGUACACCUCCGCGUGCACCAACGCACACACACAGGGGAGAAACCAUUCACAUGUAAGGUUUGUGAGAAAUCAUUCUCACAGUCAUCAAGCCUCCGAGUACAUCAACGUAUUCACACGGGAGAGAAACCAUUUACCUGUCAGGUGUGUGACAAAUCAUUCUCACAGUCAUCACACUUUCUUGUGCACCAACGCAUUCACACAGGGGAGAAACCAUUCACGUGUCAGAUAUGCAGCAAAUCAUUCUGUGACUCAUCGAAACUCCUGCUCCAUCAGAGGAUUCACACAGGGGAGAAACCAUUCACAUGUGAGGUGUGUGAGAAGUCAUUCUCAUCGUCAUCAACACUUCGUGUACACCAACGCAUUCACACAGGGGAGAAACCCUUCACAUGUGACGUAUGCAAAAAAUCAUUCUCAGAUUCAUCAACCCUCUGCAAACACCAACGCACUCACACAGGGGAGAAACCAUUCAAAUGUGAAGUAUGCAACAAAUCAUUUUCGAGGUCAUCAAAGCUCCUGCUUCAUCAGAGAAUCCACACAGGGGAGAAACCCUUCACAUGUGAGGUGUGUGAGAAAUCUUUUUCAGAGUCAUCAAAACUUCUGCUGCAUCAGAGGAUUCAUACAGGGGAGAAACCAUUCAGGUGUGAGGCUUGUGACAAAUCGUUCUCCCAGUCAUCUAUCCUCCGUGUUCACCAACGUAUCCACACAGGGGAGAGACCAUUUGCAUGUGAGAUAUGUGACAAAUCAUUCUCACAGUCCUCAGCCCUCUACACACAUCAAUGCAUUCACACAGGGGAGAAACCAUUCACAUGUGAGGUGUGUGACAAAUCAUUCUCAAGGUCAUCGAACCUCCUGCUCCAUCGGAGGAUCCACACAGGUAAGCUCAUGGAAGAGAAACAAUUCAAGUGUGAAGUCUGCAAACGAGCUUUUGCAAAGUCAUCAACAUUGGUGAAUCAUCGACGCAUUCAUACUGGAGAGAAGCCAUACACAUGUGAGGUUUGUGACAAGGGUUUUGCACAAUUAUCAGCCCUGGUGAAUCACCGACGCAUUCACACAAGAGAGAAACCAUUUACAUGUGAAGUGUGUGACAAUUCAUUCUCGGAGUCAUCAACUCUUCGCAAACACCAACGCGUUCACACGGGGGAGAGACCUUUUGUGUGCGAGAUGUGCGACAAAUCAUUCUCACAGUCAUCAACCCUUCAUAGGCACCAGCGCAUUCACACUGGGGAAAAACCAUUCACAUGUGACGUGUGUGACAAAUCCUUCUCAAAUUCAUCACAUCUCCGCAGGCACCAACCUGUACACACUGGUGACAAACCAUUCACAUGCAAUGUGUGUGAUAAAUCCUUCUCAGAUUCAUCAAGUGUCCUACUCCAUCAGAGGAUUCACACAGGGGAAAAACCAUUUACAUGUGACAUGUGCAACAAAUCAUUCUCAGUUGUGUCUUCCCUUUGUAAGCACCAACGUGUUCACACAGGGGAAAAACCUUUCACUUGUGAGGUUUGUGAGAUGGGUUUUACUCGAUCCUCUGAUCUCCUGAGGCACCAGAGGAUUCACACAGGGGAGAAACCUUUCCAGUGUGAGGUGUGUGACCGGGCCUUUGCACAUUCAUCGACACUAAUGAAUCACCGGCUUAUCCAUACGGGGGAGAAACCAUUCAAGUGUGAGGUUUGUGACCAGGCUUUCACACGGUUAUCAACUCUGAUGAAUCAUCGAUUCACCCACACGGGGGAGAAACCAUUCAAGUGUGAGGUGUGCGAGCAAGCCUUUACCUGGCCAACAACGCUCAUGAAACACCGACGUGUUCAUACUGGAGAGAAACCAUUCAAGUGCGAGGUGUGUGACAAAAACUUUGCGCAGUCAUCAGCUUUGGUGGAUCACCGACACAUUCACACAGGGGAGAGACCUUUCAUGUGCGAGGUUUGCACCAAAUCAUUCUCACAGUUGUCAUCCCUCCGCGUACAUCAACGCAUUCACACAAGGGAGAAGCCAUUCAAGUGUGAGGUGUGUGACAAAUCCUUUUUACAUUCUUCUCAUUUUCGUAUACACCUGCGCGUUCAUGCAGGGGAGAAACCAUUCAAUUGCGAGGUGUGUGACAAAUCAUUCUCACAUUCAUCGACCCUCCGUGCACAUCAACGCAUUCACACAGGGGAGAAGCCAUUCAGGUGCGAGGUUUGUAUGAAGGCUUUCAGCUACUCCUCAAAUCUGCUGAGGCAUCAGCGGAUUCACACAGGGGAAAAACGCUUCAAGUGUGAGAUGUGCGACCGAGCAUUCACACAUGCAGCAACGCUUGUAAAUCACCGACGUGUGCACACUGGGGAGAAGCCAUUCACGUGUGAGGUGUGCAAUGAGGGCUUUGCGGGAUCGUCAGGCCUGGUGAAUCACCAGCGCAUUCACACGGGGGAGAAACCGUUCACUUGUGAGGUGUGUGGCAAAUCGUUCUCACGGACGUCGACUCUUCGUGAACACCAACGCAUUCACACAGGGGAGAAGCCAUUCAUGUGCAAGGUGUGUGAGAAAACAUUCUCAAACUCAUCUCACUUUCGUGUGCAUCAACGCAUUCACACGGGGGAGAAACCCUUCACCUGCGAGGUGUGUGACAAAGCUUACAGAACCUCAUCGAACCUCCUAAUUCAUCAGAGGAUCCACAUUGGGGAGCAACCCUUCAAGUGAAUAAUUUAUGAUAAAACUUUUAUUUCAAACCUCCAGGGAUACCAGGGCUGCAUGCUGGAAAGAAAUCAUCCAGAUGUGACUUGUGUGACAGGCCUCUCACAGUCUUCUGGUUUCAUCUGGUCCACCAGUGCACUCAUAUUAGAAGAGACCCUAUCGUUGUGGGUUCUGUGAUAAAGUCUUCACACUGUUAUUUCACCUCCUGAACAUCAGUGAACCCACACAAGAGGUAGACCCUUCCAAUGUGACAUGUGCCGGGAUUGAUUCACCGUUUCCUGUCACUGUACACCUACGUCUCACUGUGUUGUUUACCGUCCAGCGCUCACACAGGGGGAGCUGUCGUUCCAAAGCACUGUCUUUCUCAGCAGGGUCUGUCUUAAACCUCUGCCACCAUCAGGCUAAUCAUUUCAAGAAAGUCAAUUUCACAUUUGACCAGAUCUCCAAAUAUCAUCAGAAGAAGACAACAAUAUGUGUAGAAGCUCCUGCAUAAACUCAGCUUCCUUUCAGUUCAGAUCAGGUACAAGUCACUCACUGAUUCUCACUCUGACGAAGAAGACAAUCAGAUACUCAGUGGUUAGAAAGCCUUCAGCUUCUGAUUGACCAGCAUAAGCAGCUGGGGGAGGAUCUAUUCCUGGGGAAGUAAUGGUGAUACUUCAAUUAGCCCCAAUGUCUCAACUUUGCUGAAGUGGAGAAUCAACCAAGAAUCCCAUUUCUCAUCAGUGAGCUGAGAUGGGAAGUCUGGAAGCUGGACUGUAGGAUGUACCUCAACUGUGACAGUGUCAGCUGUCUCACAACAUUCACAGUCUGUCUCUCCACAUGCCGUGCGGCCACUUCACCAGAGUACUAGCAGCUGGUCAAUGCCCACAGUUUGUAGAGUACAGUCUUCUUCCUCCUGGACUUCAGGCCUUGUGAUGUCAUUGUGCUGCAUGAAUGUUCAUCGUGAAUCGGACAAGUCAAUGAUCUGUCCGUCAGUACCAGUUCCCCAAUGGAUCGAGUGAUAUUGACAGCACUUAGAACUUUGACUUGGGUUUAGAUUUUCCGGUGAAACCUCUGACUUGGUCUUUAUUACCAGAAAAAUCCAAGCAAAAUGUCAAAGACUGCAUCAGAAAUUUUCCAAUGCAUUCAUUGAUCUGACCAGAGUAUCUGAUUCAGUAAAUCAUGGGGCUCUGUGGUUCUGUGCUCCAAUGAUUUGGCUGUCCAAGAAACUUCAUCAGAAUUGUAGGUAGAAUUGGGCUUUUAGACUUAACUGCAUUGAUUAACAUAUCUGGUCAUAGGCGGUAGUCAGUUUUAUUUCAUGCACCUGUACAAAGAGAAGUCAAUUGUGAUAAAUUCAAAAUCUUCAUUGAUAUCUGCAUGCAUUAAUUAAGUUACAUUAUUGAUUAGUCAAGUUUUGAUAAGGUGGAGGUUUGAACAUUUGGUUUGGAAAUUUUGUAAUGCAGACACAAAGGGACAAUUUUAGACCCCAAACUCCCAGUUGCUUGUGAUUUUAAUUCUGCAUCUUGAUUUCAUUCCGACCUCUGCCAGCUGUGGAAUUCCAGUAAAAUUCAACACCUUGAACACUGUCUCUGUACCUUAGCAGCUACUUCUCUCAAAAGACUGCCAUUUGAUAGAAGAUCGAACAACUUCUGGAGAGCUCCCCCUGAAAGAGUACAAAGUUUAUAAACAAAAAAUGCAAAGAUGUAACACAUUUGAAAGAGGAAUAUUGGCUGCAGUCCUUUGCAAGCCAAUUUGCAGGUCCUAGUGUGCAGAACAGUUGUCAUCAUCUUCCUAUGUAACAGUAUCACAUAACAUUAGAGAACAUCACUAGAGAAAUUCUAUUAGCAAAGCAGUAGCAUUCCAUUAGCGUUCUUAAAAUUCAAUUGGAGGACCAUUGAACACGCACUGUUGCCCUUCUUGAAGCCAUGUCCACAAACAUUCAGACAGAAUUAAUGCAAAAUCAACUUGGAUGGAGUGUAGGUCAGUUCUGGCUGGAAACGAUCUCCUGCCCAGGUCCCAUGAAGCUUUUCCUGAGGAGCAGCAGCAUUGACCUUAAUGACUAGGAGGAUCUUGCUACCAAUUGCUCAGAAUGGUGACAACUUGUCCAUCAAACUGCAUCACACCUUCAUGAUGAAGGACAGUCACAGCCGAGAAGGAAAGAAAAGGAAGAAAAUCUUGCUCCCUGGAUCUCACUUCCCACGGGAUGUCCUGCCCUGUGUGCCCUAAGAUCUGCAAGUUGAGAAUCAGUCACAUGAAGGCCCACCGUUGGCAGAACCUCAAUGAACCUGUGGAGGCAUCAGCUUUCAACUGACUGUCAGCUGAUGAGGUGGAGGGGAUAACUGAAAGUUCAGCCAAAGAGGUGGGAUUUAAGAAGAGUGUGAAAUAAGAGGAGAGAGAGAGAAAGAUGCAGAGAGAUUAAAGGCAGAAAUUCAGGACCAUGAGAUUCUGGACACAGCCACCAAUGGGCAACUGAAGAAAGUGGGACAGACGCAUUAGAGAUUAGAUUUGGAGGAGCAGUGAUCUUGGAGGGAGAUGAGGUGGAAGUGAUGGAGAGGGAGGGUGUGAGGCCAUGAAGAAAUUUGUACUGGGGCCUGAGAAUUUUUAAUUGGAGGCACCAGGGACUGGAAGGUGUAGGUCAGUGAGCACAGGGAUGUUAGGUGUGAGAGUUAGGAGAAAGAAUUCAGUGUUUUAGCUGAGAUGAAGGUUAUGGAGGGUAGAAGAUGGGAGGCUGGACAGGACAGCAUUGGAAUGGUAUAGUCCAGCCUAGAAACAACAACAGCUUGGAUAAGGAUUCAACAGCGAGUGGCCUAAUGCGGGUGUGAGAAGUGUUGGAAAUGGGUGAUAUUACAGAGGGGAAAUAGGCAUUCUUUGUGAUGGAGUCAUUUCAUUUUGACUUGAAUGGCUUGAUUAAUCAUCUUGGACACCUAAAUUAGAUUACCUCAUAAUUUUCUACAUUCAAAGGAAUACAAGCUCAGUCUGCACAACCUGUUCUCAUAAAUUAACCCUAUUAUCCCCAGGAACAUUCUGGUGUAUCUACACUGCACUCCCUCCAAGGCCAAUAUAUCCUUCCCGAGGUAUGGUGCCCAGAACUGUACAUAGUUCUCCAGGUAGGUUCUAAACAGCUGGAGCACAACUUCCACAAGGAUGUGGGUUUCCUGGAGUAAUAAGUAAUUUUAACAGAGGAAAGCAGGACCACUGGUGUUUGAUGUGGUCCAACCAGAUUUGGAGAUGAAUGGAUAAAACAGUUGUGAAUCAGAUACACUCUAAUCUUCACUUCUUGAACUUGAGAAGCAGGGAGGUUGACCCGGAAGGGAGUAAAGGGAAUUUUGGGAACAAGGGUGGAGAAGAUGUAUAUGAGGGAGUGUUAAAUCUGAUUGACACCUAUAGAGACAUUGUGGCGAACGGGGGACCAAAGGGCAGGGAGUUGGGAGUUAGAAAGCACUGUCCAACUCACCUGGGGAAGAGUUACCUAGCAGGGUGAUGAAAAGUUUGCAAUCAUAUCCACAUCCACAACCUCAGCUACAAAUCUUUUUGAAAACUUUAAACACCUAUGGGCGCAACACCCUCAAACUAGCCCACAGAGGAGAAACAAAUGCCAUCCAUCUGAGUGUGACUCACAAACAAUUGUACUUCCUGCACAAAUGCCUCAGAAAGCAGGUACUACCACAAAGCUUAAAAUAUAAACCACCUAUCAACAAUCCACAGGCAGAGAAGACAGCUCCACAGAAUGGACACAGAUUGAUAGGGGUUAAGAUCAAUGAUGCCCACAACCACCUCCACAAAUACAAGCUGUGUUCCAAAAAACUACUCCAAUGUGAGCAACCAGGUAUGCACAUGCAUUCUAGAGCAAGCCAUCAGCAUACAACAACAAGAGACCAGAACAAAGAAUAGCCCUACAAGAAAAACUGUUCAAAAUCACUCACAAUAAUGACAUGGACAACACAGAUUUAUGGAUUUAAAACAUCUCAGGCCGCAAACUUAUGGACAGGGAGAAGACCAGCCUGGUACACGGACUGAAUUAUAGCUACAAAAGACUGACUUCCUGACUGAAGAAGAGUCUAGGCCCAAAAUCAGCCUUUCCUGCUCCUCUGAUGCUGCUUGGCCUGCUGUGUUCAUCCAGCUCUACACCUUGUUAUCUCUCACUUCCUGGCUGCACUGGAUUCAAUACUAAGGAGCAACGGACUCACGGAAGAAGUACAACAAAUCAUCAGACAGACGAUAGUCCCAAACUGAGUAAAGAAAGGGAAAUGGAACACGUUCAACACAGAAGAGAGGAAAACCCUGGAAAGACUCAAGAAAGACAGGAACAUUGUAAUCCUACCAGCAGACAAAUGACAAUGGAACCCAGUACAUUGAGAAAGCUAACACACCGCUAACAGAUACCAACACCUAUCAACAGAUGGCGAUGGACCCGACACCAUUGUUAGGGAAUCGGAUACACUGACCCUGAGGAAAUUACACAACUCAGGAGACAUCAGCAAGACAGACUACCAAAAAAUGAAGUCCAAGAGAUCCAACACACUCUGCUUCUAUGGACUCCCCAAGAUCCACAAACCAGGAGUCCCCCUCAGACCCAUUGUCUCACUGCCAGGCACACCAACAUAUAGACUUGCCAAAGAACUUCAACAGAAAUUGAAAUACUUAGUUGACAAGAUUACCCAUUCCAUCCACUCAUCCCAAGAAUUGCUCAACAUCAUCAAGGUCACCAGGAUAGAAGAGGACGAGAUAAUAAUAUCCAUUGGUGUAGCAGUACUAUUUACCUCCUCAAACAUCAGUCUAGCCAAAGAGACAAUUGCCACACUGCUGGACAAAUGAAGUAGGCAGGCACCCCAGGACACCAACAACAUCAAUAAGGACACUACCACGAAACUACUAGAUAUGUGACUCACAAUUCACUUCAUCUUCAAUGAUGGCAUAGACAAACAAAUGAACAGAACACCAAUGGGAUCCCCAAUAUCAGGACUGAUUGCAGAAGCAGAAAUGCAAAGGUUAGAACAGCCAGUACUUCCCACAGUACAACCCAGACUCUGGGUCCGAUAUGUAGAUGACACUUUUGUGAUUAUCAAAUGCACAAAACUAAAAGAAACCCACUGACAGAUAAACAACUUCCUUACUGGGAUAAAAUUCACAAAAGAAGAGACCAACAACCAAGUACCCUUCCUGGGCGUAAUGUUAGAACACAAAAACAACGGGGAGCUGCAGACCAGCGUAUAUAGAAAGACGACACAUACAAACCCAAUACUCAAUUACACCAACAACUAGCCCAAUGCCCACAAACGGAGCUGCAUCAGGACACUAUUUAAAUGAGCCACAACAAAUUGCAGCAACCCAAAACUAGGCAAAGCAAAACAGGAGAACCUAUACAGAGUCUUCAAAAGGAAUGGAUUCCCAAAAAACACAAUUUGCUGUUACUGCCAAGACAACACAAACAGGAAGACUUAAUAUGAUCAGAUUCACUAAUCACCCUACUGUACACCAGGGACAUAUCAGAGAUGACCACAAGACCUCUCAGCUCCCUCGGUAUCAGGGUAGCCCACAAACCAAUAACGACCCUAUGACUGUUACUGACAAAUGUAAAGGAUCCCAUACCCAAAACCAGCAAAACUAAUGUAAUACACAAAAUACCAUGCAAAGGACUGUGAGAAACACCUCAUAGGCCAAAGUGGAAGAAAGCUGACAAUACAGAUACACGAACACCAACUAGCCACCAAAAGAUACAACCAAUUCUCACAUGUCUCACAACACACGGACAAAAAGGAACACAAAUUUGACUGGGACAACACAUCCAUAAUUGGAUAAGCCAAACAGAGACAUGCCAGGGAAUUCCUGGAGGCUUGGUAUUCUAACCAGAACUCCAUCAACAAAUGCAUUGAAUCAGACCCUGUGUAUAAACCACUGAGAAACAGAACUGAAAGUGGUACGAAACACCCCAACAAACUGAGGCAUAUAAAUGACAAGUGGGACAGAACACCGACAUUUCACAGGAGGUGCACCAACGAUGUUCUCUAGCAGGGUGACAAAAUAUUUGCAACCAAACCCACCAGUUUGGUGAGCGUACCUACAUCAUGGGUUGGACUGGACAGUAUAGCACUAAUAUUCUUAGAUUUUCAAUUGUGUCUGUAAAGCUGAACCAGGAUAUACUGAUUCAGACCUCCAGCUGUUGUUUCAGUUCAAUCUAUAAAGACUUUGUGGAUUGUUUCCAAAGAUCCUGGAAUCUAUGUCAUAAAAGAAUAGAGUGUUUAUCAUUUGUCUAUCUUAAUUUCCAUUGUUCAUAAACAUGUUUGUUUUAUGAUUAAAACAAA